AUGCUAUAUUUCAUGGAUACAUCUAACUCACUUCUGGUGCUGAAAGCUGGAGGAGUAUUUGACAACUGCUCAAUAGCCAUGCAGAAAACAAAUGCUUAUGGGAAGCUUGUGAAAAAUCAUUUGGAAGGGGAAACUAUAUGGACCUCCCCUUCUCAGCCGAGGAGGAGGAAGUUUCCGUGCCACUCUAUCCCCCGAGUCACCGCCUCUCUCUAUGGUUCCUCCCCCUCCCCGCUCCAGGUCCUCCGGCCUGUGCCUUACCCAGCGUGCACCGCGGCGGAAGAGAGUGACGACAAUAACAAACAGCGGCGGCGGCGAGGGCUGCGCGUAAAGCGAGCGGGGGGCCCUGCGAAGGAGCGCCCGGAAUCCCCGGCUGUGUGGCUUCCCCUCCCCGCGCGCCACCUCCGCGUCUCUCUCACUCCCUGUUCCUGUCAGGGAGCCCCGCCGCCGCCGCCGCCUCCCCUCCCGCUCUUGUCCUCCGGGCGGCGGCGCCUGAGGUUGCCCUGUGGAGCCGCAGCGAAGGGGGGGAGGAGGAGGAGCUUCCGCGGCCGCCGGUCACCGGCGCGGGAUGGUGCGCGGGGCCGCCCAGCUGUUGCUGCCGCUGGCGCCGCCGCUGCUGUUUGGCUCUCCUUCGGGUCUUUGAUGCUCUGUGUUUACUUCAUUCUCUUGCCAAAGUCAAAUGAGGAAAAUAGGUGGUUUUGCAACCCAGCUGUUAAAGACAGUGGAACCUCCAUGCAGUGCCUGAAGGUAACUGUUUCAUCCCGGAGAGCAAAUAUUUCAAGUUUAAACUCAUAA